AUGCACUGCCGCAGCGCCGAUCGGCCUCCCACCCAGUACGAAGCGCACGCGCUCCUGCUGAAGGGGUUCUCGCCCAACUACCGCGGCGAUCCGGACCUUGCCCGAAACCAAUCGGCCGCGAUCCCCGCCGAGGCCAACUGCAGCCUCUUCAUCGUCGGCCUUGCUCCCGACCUCACUCCUCACGAACUCUUAUCCGGCAUCCGGAACAUCGGCCGCGUGUACGCGACACACAUUAACCCGCCCGUUCCAGAUCGAGGCCACGUCUUCAGCGCAGCGAAAUUGGUGUUUUUUGAGAGGGCUGGCGCCGAGGCAUUCUACAAUGCAUACUCGACAACCGGCUACGCCACCCCGCGACACCCGCACCUGCGCGCCCGCGUGACGUGGAAUCGGGUGCGCUCGGCCGAGGUGGACAAGGGCGGCCGGCGGUCGCGCGUGCUGCUCAUCAGCGGCCCCCCCGCCAUCGUCAACCAGCAGUACCUGUGCGCGUACCUCAACACCAAGAUGGUCUACCACGUCGACGAGCUAAUCCACCGCGGCGUGAGCGACGACGGCAGCCGGGUGCUGCUGGAGUUUCGCUUCGGCAGUUUCCGGUGCCAGGCUGAGGCGGCGCGCAUGGCGCUGAUGAGGGAGUUUCGGGAUGUUGGGCUGGUUUGUGAAUAUGGUUAG